CAGUGCUGUAAAAAUGUCUUCUCUGCGUUCAGAGUAUACAAUUGGUGGAGUAAAAAUUUUAUUCCCAUGCAAAGCUUAUCCAUCACAGCUUGCCAUGAUGAAUUCGAUUGUGAGAGGAUUGAACUGCAAACAACACUGUUUGCUGGAAAGUCCCACUGGAAGCGGGAAAAGUUUAGCGUUACUUUGUUCUGCUCUUGCAUGGCAGCAGGCUCAGUAUGAAAAGCCUGUAGAUGAAGAUCAAACCCAAAAAGACUGGAAAAAAGAAGAGGCUGUUCCGUGUGGCUGCACGUGUCAUUCAAAGAUCCCAAAUAGUAGUGAGGCAUCCACAUCUACCUCCUUCAGUAAUGCUGGGCCCUCUUCUAGUGAGUUUUCAUCCCACACAGAUGCUAGCAGAAGUAAAUCAACUCUAGCUUCAAAGCUGUCUGCAAAAAAAGCUUCUUUUGCUACAGAUGAGGAAGAUAAUGAUUUUCAAAUGGAUAGAAAACGCAUCCGGCAAUCACCUCUUGAACAGCAGACACGAAAACGGCGCUGUUUUGAAAAAGGUGUGCAAUUUAUUGAUGAUGAUGAUGAUACGAGUGAAUGUUAUGGGGCAUCGAGUAGUCAUCAACAAGAUAGAGCUUCACAGGAAAGCUGCUGAAGUCCCCAGCAGGUGUCAGAUUCCUCACAUCACCUUUCAACAUCUCGUGGACCAUGCAAUCUCUGUUUCUGUGGAUGCAAUAAAACCCAGGACAAAACUGAAAUGAACGGAAAAAAGAAAGACAAUGAACAAAAGCAGAGAGUGCCCAAAAUAUUUUUUGGUACACGAACACACAAGCAAUUAGCCCAGAUAACCAGGGAACUACGGAAAACAGCUUACUCUGGGGUGCGGAUGACUAUCCUUUCCAGUAGAGAUCAUACCUGUGUAAAUCCUGACAUUCAGUUUAACAGAAAUGAGAAGUGUAAAGAACUUCUGGAAGCAAAGGAUGGAUCUUCUUGUCGUUACUAUUAUGGAGCUCCAAAAAUGAGUGAGCAGAAUGUUCUACAAUAUAGGCUUGGUGUAACGCAAGCUUGGGACAUAGAAGAGCUGGUAGGCCUGGGGAAGAGGCUUCGUGCCUGUGCUUACUAUGCAGCUCGUGAACUAAUGAAAGAAGCUGACAUUGUGUUCUGUCCUUACAACUAUCUUUUGGACUCACAGAUAAGAGAAAGUAUGGAAAUAUGUUUGCAAGACCAGGUGGUAAUCCUUGAUGAAGCCCACAACAUUGAGGACUGUGCCAGAGAAUCUGCCAGCUUUAGUGUGACAGAUGCACAGCUGAUGUUUGCCCGAGAUGAGUUGGACAGCAUGGUGAACCAUAGGAUCAGAGCAAGUGAUCAUGAGCCUCUUCGGGGAGUGUGCUACAAUCUGACAAAUUGGAUAAGGGAAUGUGCCAGCCAUUUGGUGGAAAGGGAAUAUGAAUCAUCUUGUAAAGUGUGGAAUGGUAAUGAGAUUAUUUCAAUUUUCCACGAUAUGGGAAUAACAAAUGCAACAUUUCCUAUGCUUAAGGGUAAUCUUGCUGCUGUGGUUGAGAAAGAAGAGAAGACAACAAUGCUGAAUGGCCAGGAAACUGUAGUGAAAGUGCCAGUACUGAGCUCGCCAACACAAAUGGUUUUGAAAGGGUUGUUUGUGGUGUUAGAUUACUUAUUUCGCCAUAACAACAGAUUUGCAGAAGAUUACAGAAUUGCUCUGCAGCAGUCUUACAUAUGGACAAACAAACAAGAUGUUGCUGAUGAAAAUGGAUUCUUUGCAAGACAAAAUUAUCGCAGACGUGUUCGUCAAAAGACCUUGGUUUAUACACUGAAUUUUUGGUGUUUAAACCCUGCCGUGGCUUUUUCCGAUUUAAGUGGUAAUGUUCGCACAAUUGUCCUGACAUCAGGCACCUUAUCUCCAAUGGGAUCAUUUUCCUCUGAACUAGGCGUGAAGUUUGCUAUCCAGCUGGAGGCAAAUCAUGUUAUUCAUAAAUCCCAGGUAUGGGUUGGCACUGUUGGUGCAGGUCCAAAAGGCCGAAAACUUUGUGCAACAUUUCAGCACACAGAGACUUUUGAUUUUCAAGAUGAAGUUGGUGCCCUUUUACUGUCAGUGUGCCAGACUGUAAGCCAUGGAGUACUUUGCUUUCUACCAUCCUAUAAGAUGCUGGAGAAAUUGAAAGACAGAUGGAUGCAUACAGGCUUAUGGGAGAACUUGGAAGGAAUCAAGACAGUCAUUAAAGAACCACAAGGAGGAGAUAAGACGGACUUUGAUAAAUUGCUGCAGCUCUAUUAUGACGCUAUACGUUUUAGAGGUGAAAAAGAUGGUGCCCUCCUGAUUGCAGUUUGCAGAGGUAAAGUGAGCGAAGGACUGGACUUCUCAGACGACAAUGCCCGGGCAGUUGUAACUGUAGGAAUUCCUUUUCCUAAUGUGAAGGAUCUUCAAGUCGAACUAAAAAGAAAGUAUAAUGAUCAACACUCAAGGAGUAGAGGACUAUUGCCUGGAAGCCUGUGGUAUGAGAUACAAGCAUACCGUGCCUUGAAUCAAGCCCUGGGCAGGUGUAUCCGACAUAAGAAUGAUUGGGGUGCCCUCAUAUUAGUAGAUGACCGUUUCAGAAAUAAUCCAAAAUACAUAACUGGAUUGUCAAAAUGGGUACGGCAGCUAGUCCAGCACCACUCGACCUUUAACAAUGCUCUAGAGUCUCUCGCUGAGUUUUCUAGGAAUCAGCAGCAGAGAGUUCAAAUGCAGAGUUUGACUACAAAUGAAGAAGUUCCCCAAACACAUUCCUCCUUCUCCAGAGAUGAUUACCCUAGUGCGUCAUUGUUGGAUCUCACUGUCCACCCUUCUGAGAGUGUUUUAGAACAUACACAAGUGACUGCUAUAGCACCUGAUCCUUCACCAUCUGUGAUUACAAUUUUAUCUAGUUCAGAUCACUCAGAAUCUGAUGAAGAUUCUACACCCAAAAAUAAAUGUGAUUUUGAGCAGCCUCAAAGUGCAAACUCUGAAAGAGGAAAAUCUAACAGAUUUGAUAAUCAGAAACUGAACUUAACAAAACAACAGUCUUCAUUCUACAACUACUUCAUCAAUAGUCCACUCACAUCAACUCCUCUGCCUACUUCUGCCAGGAGAGGUUCCCUCACAGACAGCAGCCUGAACAAAGGAGCUGCUAAUGUCAGUGAAGCAACCAUUGAAAAAUGUCCAAAUAUUGGGAUACAAAUUGAAGCCAAUACUGGAGAUUCAGAUGAAAGUGUGUGUAAUGUGGUUCCACUUUUUCGUGAAAAUAACAUUGUUGUAGUGGAAGAAAAUGAGCCCUCCCUUGCGGAAAUACCUGUCGAAGAAGAUGAAGCUGAUGACACCAUCCAUUUUACACCUGAACUUUUUGAUAAUGAGAAUAAUCAUAACAAUCCUAAUCCUGAGAAGCAAGAGAAUUGCACUGAAUAUCAAACUGAUACUGAUUGCAUGGGAAAUAAUGCAUAUGCAACUGGAGGCAGCUAUAAUGCCAAUUUAGCAGUGAGCAAUUCAGGAGGACUAGAAAAUGAUUUAAAUUCUUGCAAUAUUGACAUAAAUAUAAAAAAUAAGGAUGUUUUCAACAGUGAGUGCUUAUCUAGUGUUGCACAAGUCAGUUCCACAAAUUAUACAAACAAUACAGAAAUUGAUCAGAUACAGAGAAAGGAAAAAACAAGGAAUAGACUCUCCAGAUCUAAGAACAGAGGUUUGUCUUCCUUUGUUUUAGAAUGAUUGUACCUCCAAUAAAUCCAAAUGUCAAAAACAAGGGAAAGAACUGUCAAAACUGAUUUCUGUUUG